CGGAAGACGAAAGCCAGGAAGCAAAAGCGCAGGACCAGUAAGUCUCCAGAGAAUGCUACUCACGGGCCUUUUCGGACAAGUUACCAACUAGGAGAUCCAUCACUGUCUCAGUCCCAUCGCUCCCUACGGUAGGACUGGGGCCCCGUUCCUGGAAAGGCGUUUGGGAGUAAAGAUGGAAGUCGGAGGGGAACGCUGUGCUAAACAAAGGCAAGUCCUGAUUCUCUUUCUCUUGCUGGGAGUGGCGCUGGCAGGCUGGGAAUCCCGUCGCUAUUCCGUGAUGGAGGAAGCUGAGAGCGGCUCGUUUGUGGCUAAUCUGGCCAAGGACCUGGGGCUGGGAGUUGGGGAGCUAGCUGCGCGGGAAGCCCAGGUGGUCUCUGAGGACAACGAACCCCGGUUGCAGCUGGAUCUGCAGACCGGGGAGUUGAUAUUAAAUGAGAAACUGGACCGGGAGGAGAUGUGCGGUUCCACAGAGACAUGUGUGAUGCAUUUCCAAGUGUUACUGAAAAAACCAAUGGAAGUAUUUCGAGCUGAGCUAUUGGUGAGAGACAUAAACGACCAUUCUCCUGAAUUUCCUGAAAGAGAGAUGACACUGAAAAUCCUAGAGACUAGCCCUCCUGGGACGGUGUUUCCUCUGAAAAAAGCCCAGGACUUGGACGUGGGCAACAACAACAUCCAAAACUACUAUAUCAGUCCCAACUCUUAUUUCCAUGUUUCCACCCGAAACCGAGGUGACGGCAGGAAAUACCCAGAGCUGGUGCUGGACAAAGAGCUGGAUCGAGAGGAGCAAGCUGAGCUCAGAUUAACCGUCACAGCACUGGAUGGUGGCUCUCCACCCCGGUCUGGCACUGCCCAGGUCCGCAUCUCGAUCUUGGACGUCAAUGACAAUGCCCCUGAGUUUGCACAGACCCACUACCAAGUGCAGGUCUCAGAGGACAGUCCUGUAGGCACUCUAGUUGUCAAGGUCUCUGCCAGAGAUUUAGACGCUGGGACAAAUGGAGAGAUAUCAUACUCACUUUUUUAUAGUUCUCAAGAGAUAAGCUCAACUUUUGAGCUAGACAGCAUUUCAGGAGAAGUCAGACUAAUUAAAAAACUAGACUUUGAGACAGUACCCUCAUAUGAGUUGGAAAUAGAUGCAUCUGAUGGCGGAGGACUUUCUGGAAAAUGCUCUGUCUCCAUUGAAGUGGUGGAUGUUAACGACAACUCCCCAGAACUAACGAUUUCAUCACUUACCAGCCCCAUUCCUGAAAAUGCCCCUGAGACAGAAGUGGCCCUGUUUAGGAUUCGUGACCGAGACUCGGGGGACAAUGGAAGGAUGGCUUGCUCCAUCCAGGAUGAUCUCCCCUUCCUCCUGAAACCAUCUGAAGAGAAUUUCUACACCUUGGUAACAGAAGGAGCGCUGGACCGAGAGGAAAGAGCCGAGUACAACAUCACCAUCACCGUCUCCGACCUGGGGACCCCCCGGCGGCACACCCAGCACAACCUGACCGUGCGCGUGGCCGACGUCAACGACAACGCGCCCGCCUUCAGCCAGCCCGCCUACACCCUGCGCGUCCGCGAGAACAACAGCCCCGCCCUGCACAUCGGCACCGUCCGCGCCACCGACGCCGACGCGGGCGCCAACGCCCAGCUCACCUACUCGCUGCUGCCGCCCUCCGACCCGCACCUGCCCCUCGCCUCGCUCGUGGCCAUCAACCCCGACACCGGCCAGCUCUUCGCCCUGCGCGCCCUCGACUACGAGGCCCUGCGCGCCUUCGACUUCCAGGUGCGCGCCGCCGACCGCGGCGCGCCCGCGCUCAGCAGCCAGGCGCGGGUGCGCGUGCUCGUGGCCGACGCCAACGACCACGCGCCCGUCGUGCUCUACCCGCCGCAGAACGCCUCGGCGCCCUGCCCCGAGCUGCUGCCCCGGGCGGCCGAGCCGGGCUACCUGCUGGCCAAGGUGGUGGCGGUGGACGGCGACGCGGGCCAGAACGCCUGGCUGUCCUACCGCCUGCUGCAGGCCACCGAGCCCGGGCUCUUCGGCGUGGGCGCGCACAGCGGCGAGGUGCGCACGGCCCGCCCGCUGAGCGAGCGCGACGCGCCCCGGCAGCGGCUGCUGCUGCUGGUGCGGGACCACGGCGAGCCGCCGCUCUCGGCCAGCGUCGCGCUGCACGUGCUGCUGGUGGACGGCUUCUCGCAGCCCUACCUGCCGCCGCCCGAGGCCCCCGGCCGCGCGCCGGGCGCCGGCGCGGACGAGCCGCUCACCGUCUCGCUGGUGGGGGCGCUGGCGUGCGUGUCGGCGCUGCUGGUGGGGUCGCUGCUGGCCUUGGGGGCGGGGCGGCUGUGCCGGCGGGGCGGGGCGGCCUCGGCGGGGGGCGGCUCGGGGCCCGCGGAGGGCGGCGUCGCGGGCCAGCUGCUGGACGUGGGCGGCACGGGGACCCUGGCCCACAGCUACCGCUACGAGGUGUGUCUGGCAGGGGUAAGUGGGAGUGAUGAGUUCAAAUUCUUGAAGCCUGUCUUCCCCAACAUUCUAGGACAGGACGUUGAGAGGAAGUCAGAAGGAAGUCCAACCUUCGAGAAUAGUUUAGGUAUCUGAAACUUCCUCACUGCAUACAAGAGUUUUGCCUCCUUCACCUUUCCCUUUCUUUUUUAAUCCUGUAGCAAUUUUAAUUCUACUAGUCUUUUUUCUUUUGUAACACUUUGCUUAGUAAUGCUCCUCUUUGUGUUGGCGGCCUGUUUGUCCUAUAAUUAUUUUUUCCAAUUAUUGUAUUGUUAGUAAAAAAAAUUGUAUAUCAGGAAAUUUCACAUUUCUGACUAAGUUUUAGUAUGUAUUUCUACAUAAUAUUAAAGUUAGCCUCUCAAAAUAAAAGUAAUUCUAAUUUUAAAAGUGCUUUUCUCACUAUAGGACACUACAUAAGAAUGUCUGGGAAUUCCUUUGUGGUACAGCAGUUUAGGGAUCCAACCUUGUCACUCCAGGGGCUCCUGUUCCAUUCUUGACCCUGUAACUUCCACAUGCCAUGGGUGCAGCCAAAAAAAAAAAAAAAAAGG